UUUUAAAAAAGAAAAUAUUGAUUUGUCCUCUAAUGGACAAAAAUAAUGUAAAAGGGUUUAUGAAGCACUUGUGCAAUAAUAUAAAGAGACAGAAGCAAACCAACCAAGAUUUAGAUUGAAAAAGCAAAAGAAAGAAACAGUCACUCUUCUCUUGCAACACAAUCUUCUCUGUUCUUUCUCCAACUCACUGCUUACCUCUCACAUCACCAACCCCCUCAUUUCUUCAACUUCAAGACUCCUUCUCCAUCAUUACCACACUCAAGUGCUCGAUCAAUUGCCUCAGAGAAUACAAAUAUGGAUGUCGGCAGGAGAAGGGGUGGAGUUAAAACAAGUGUAAUUGCAGGUUCUGUUUGGGAAAGCAGAAUGAAACACGAUGAAGUUAAGGGUGGAAUCAAAGUCUUCAAUGGAGAAACAAACAACAAUGAAGAAGAUAAUAAUAAUAAUAAUGGUGGUGAUUGUUCAAGUCCAAGCUCAAGAAAAUUGGUGAAGAGAAGCCCGGUUGGUCCUUCUGGUAAAAGAAAGACAUGGAAAUCUGAUGGCCCAAUUCAGAUUGCUAAAGGGAAAACUGAUUCAUCGUCAUUGGCAGUCAAGAAUUGUGAGGAACAGUGUAGAGAAUUGAGUGUUUCUGUUGACGGUGGAGUAUCCAAGAAAAGCUUGAAUUUUUCAGCCAGAAGAGGAAGAUCUGAUGGAAGUACAGGGUUGAGUGUUUCAGUUGAUGGGAUUGAUAAAAGAUUAAUUCUUGGGAAGAGCCCAGUUCAGAUGAGAAAUGGAAGAUCUGAUGUAAAGGAAAUUGUUGAUACCCAAUUGAGGAAAGUCAAGUCAGAUUCUGUUAGUAGUGAAAAGAAAGAGAUUAAAGAGAGGAGUGAUGAUUGUGGUGGUAGUGGAAUAAUUGAGAAAAACUCACCUGAGAUCGAGGAAAAUGGAUCUGAAGAAUCUUGUAAAGAGUUUAGUGUUUGUCAAGAAAAAGUGAUUUCUAGCACUGAAACUUAUAAAGAUGAUGAUGAUGAUGAAUUUGAAGGAGAUGAUGAAGAAGAAGAAGGAGAUGAUAAGAUUGGUGAAGAAAUGGAAAUUGAAGUUGAGAUUGAGAAGAAAAGUGUGGAUGACAUAAUGGAGAUCCUCAAUGUACAAGAAGAGAAGCCUAGAAUGAAAGUGGAAACAAAACCAUCACCACCAUCACCAUCACCACCACCACUACCACCACCGCAAGAACAGAAGCCUAAGAAAGUGGUAGUGAAUGAAGAUAUCAGAAAUAAAGUUCACCAGUUCAGGAAUAGAGCAGCACCACCAUCUCCUUCUAUAACAGUUAAUAAACAGCCCCCUCCAGUGCUCAGAAGAGCAGCUAUUUAUCAAAAUCUUUCAAAACCCACUCCAACUCCUGUUAGAAAUAAUGAAUACCAGAAUUACCCUGAAAGACAUAACAAACUGCAAAAUAUAGUGGAUUUAGUAAUGUGGAGAGACAUUUCGAGAUCUGCAUUUGUUUUUGGAAUUGGCACAUUUACCAUAAUCUCAUCUUCCUAUACAAAGGAUUUAAAUGUCAGCUUUAUAUCAGUAAUGUCCUAUGUGGGUCUUGUUUAUCUUGCUCUCAUUUUCUUGUACAGAUCACUUAUACACAGGGGAGUAAUAGAUAUAGAAGAUAGAAGGUAUGUGGUGGGGGAAGAAGAGGCAGUUUGGUUGAUAAAACUGGUUUUACCUUAUUUGAAUGAGUGUUUGUGGAAAAUCAGAGCUCUUUUUUCUGGCGAUCCUGCAACUACAAUGAAGAUGGCAGUACUGCUGUUUGUUCUUGCAAGGUGUGGCGCCUCCAUUACCAUUUGGAAGAUGGCUAAAUUGGGUUUUUUUGGGGUAUUUACUGUACCAAAAGUCUGCUCAUCGUACUCAACGCAGUUAACAGCGUAUGCAAAAUUCUGGAUUAGAAGGUUCAGAGAUGCAUGGGAGUCAUGCGCACACAAGAAAGCAGUUGCCUUGGCCAUUUUUACCCUCGUUUGGAACCUCUCUUCAAUGGUUGCUCGCGUAUGGGCAGUGUUCAUACUGUAUGUGGCCGUCCGAUAUUAUCAACGGUCAAUGGAGUUAGAUGAUGUAGAAGAUUGGGUAGUAGAGGAUGAUAAUGGAGGGCAUGAUGAAGCUUUCAUUGAACACAAACAAAAUGCUGGGAGUGGGGCCACUGCUUCUGCUGAAGUAAAUAAAGUUAAAAAAUGGUCGUAAAAAGUUAAAAGUGAAAUUACUGUCAUAGAAAUGCAUAUGCUUGAGGUGUGAUUAUGAUAGGAAAUAAUGCCAUUUUUUUAAUUUUAAUUUAAUACAAUUCAAUGGUAAUUUAUUACUGUGAA